UUGUCAAAUGUCAAUGUGUCAGACAAACAUCAUCAGGCAAGCGGGCUAUAGGUUAUGUUUUUCUGAAUAUUUACGUUAAUUCUACCUAUUUACGUUUAUACUUACAGUUUAUUUAAUAUAUUAUGCUAUUUCGAUUUCUGAACAUAAGAUUUUACGCCACAGUUAUUUCACCAUCAAACAUCAUGAACAUCAAUAAAUGCUAUUUCAGAUACAUACAACAUGAAGAUAAAGUAGACAUUUCUUUUUUAUUUGAUGUUAAAGGUUCUCCUAGGCAAUUCAAUUUUAGCCGAAAACCAACAGAAACUCUAGAAGUCUUACUCGGUCGCAUGAAAACCAACAUUGUAAAAGCAAUAGACAAGGGGAAUAAAAAAAAGAAAAAUAGUGAAAGCAAUACAAAUGUUCUCCUAGAAUUUUGUGAUUCUAAGAAUACUCCUAUUGAUGCCAAUAUCACUUGCAAUGACCUUUUUGCUAUGAAUGGCCCAGUUAAAUUAAAAAUGUCUGAUAAUCUUUAUGAAGUUGUUUUUAAUUCUCCAUGGGUGAUAAGUAUGAAUUUGCCUCAAAGUAUUUUAGCUGGUUUCCCCGUGUAUCCACUGCAGUUUGAGACUCAAUAUGCUAAACCAGAGAAGUGUACAUUCAAUUGGUACAAAGGAUUACCAUUAGAUGAUAAGGGGAAGCCAGUGAAUGAGCAAAAUAUCCAGUGGGAACUAACUGGAAACAAUUUUACUUACACACCUCAUGCACAAGAAGUUGGUAUGAAGUUAAAACUAGAAUGCAUACCAGGAAAUGAUGAGACAGUUGGCCCUGCUGUUGAAACAAUAUCUAAGAAUCUUAUAGAAGCUGGACCUGGGAACUGUCCAUUUGAAACUAGGCAUAUGUUUACAACACAGAAACUGAAAGAAAAGAGCUUCAGGUGUGUAUCCUACAACAUUCUGGCUGAUUUGUACUGUGACUCUGACCACACAAGAACAGUUCUGUAUCCAUACUGCCCCCCAUAUGCAUUACACAUUGAUUAUAGAAAACAACUUAUUUUAAAAGAGUUGCUUGGAUAUAACAGUGAUAUAAUAUGUCUUCAAGAAGUGGACCGUAAAAUAUUCAAAAGCUGUCUAACACCAAUAAUGAAUUCAGCUGGGCUAAAUGGUUUAUUUUAUAAAAAAGGAAAAGAAGUUGCUGAAGGCUUGGCAUGUUUUUACAAUAAAGACAGAUUUAAAUGCUUUGGAGAUAAAGCGAUAGUAUUAUCUGAAGCUUUGACUACUAAAAAAUGUCUUCAAUCAAUUUGGGCAAAAAUCAAAGAUAAUGAGCCCCUAACUAAACGAUUAUUAGAUAGAUCAACAGUGUCAAGUGCCACAUUCCUUGAGUCCAUUGACAACCCUAAUGAGAUUCUAAUAGUUGGCAACACUCAUUUAUAUUUUCACCCUGAUGCUGACCACAUAAGAUUGCUACAAGGAGGUAUUGUCAUAUACUGGUUAAUGGAUAUUCACAAAACUAUAAUUUCAAAGUUUCCCGACAAAAGAGUAAGCCUUAUACUUUGUGGUGAUUUCAACAGUGUUCCUUCAUGUGGUAUAUACCAGUUGUACACAACCGGUUCAUCACCAAGCACUUUGCCAGACUGGAAAUCAAAUAUAGAUGAAGCUGUAAAUGGUUUAAGUUUGGAACAAACCAUUUCCUUAGGCAGUGCAUGUGGAACCCCACCCUAUACUAAUUAUACUGCAGAGUUUGCAGAUUGCCUGGAUUACAUAUACUAUGAAAAGUUAAAUUUAGAGGUGGAACAGGUUGUUCCUCUUCCAUCUGUAGAUGAAUUAAAAUUACAUACAGCUUUGCCGAGUGUUGUAUUUCCUUCUGACCAUAUAGCUUUGGUAACUGAUUUACGGUUUAAGUAGAACAGUUAAUAUUUUUUAUUUAUGUUACAUUCUAUGGAAUAAAAUAUGCAAAUGUUAA